GUUGGUGGAGGGACCCAGCAAAGCAGUGGGCUAGGGGCUGGAGCGAGUCUGUUCCAACCCAUUCAGCAAGCGGAGCCUUCCUCGCCUGCAACCCGCAAGAACCUAAGAGUCAGUUUUUAAUGAAAAAAAUUUGGGUCAGGAGCCAAGAUCCACCUCUUCACUAACUUGAUAUUAAACAUCUUACCUUUCUGGAUCUCAGUUGCCUCAUCUGUAAAAAGGACAUAAAAAUUGUUUAGCUGUAUGAAGAUGAGGUGGAGGACCAGCCUACAACAGUAUUAUUUUCUCUCAGCUACAUGUCUACUAAUCACUCUUGAAGCUGUCCCUAUAGACAUCGACAAGACAAAAGUACAAAACACUCAACCUGUGGAAAGUGCAAAGAUAGAACCACCAGAUACUGGACUUUAUUAUGAUGAAUAUCUUAAGCAGGUGAUUGAUGUGCUGGAAACAGAUAAACAUUUCAGAGAAAAGCUCCAGAAAGCAGACAUAGAGGAAAUAAAGAGUGGGAGGCUAAGCAAAGAGCUGGAUUUAGUAAGUCACCAUGUGAGGACAAAACUUGAUGAACUGAAAAGGCAAGAAGUAGGAAGGUUAAGAAUGCUAAUUAAAGCUAAAUUGGAUUCUCUUCAAGAUAUAGGCAUGGACCACCAAGCUCUUCUAAAACAAUUUGAUCAUCUAAACCAUGUGAAUCCUGACAAGUUUGAAUCCACAGAUUUAGAUAUGCUAAUCAAAGCGGCAACAAGUGAUCUGGAACACUAUGACAGGACUCGGCAUGAAGAAUUUAAAAAAUAUGAAAUGAUGAAGGAACAUGAACGGAGAGAAUAUUUAAAAACACUGAAUGAGGAAAAGAGAAAAGAAGAAGAAUCUAAAUUUGAAGAAAUGAAGAAAAAGCAUGAAAAUCAUCCAAAAGUUAAUCAUCCAGGAAGCAAAGAUCAACUAAAAGAGGUAUGGGAAGAGACUGAUGGAUUGGAUCCUAAUGACUUCGACCCCAAGACAUUUUUCAAGCUACAUGAUGUCAAUAAUGAUGGGUUCCUGGAUGAACAAGAAUUAGAAGCCCUAUUUACUAAAGAGUUGGAGAAAGUAUAUGAUGCCCAAAAUGAAGAGGAUGAUAUGGUAGAAAUGGAGGAAGAAAGACUUAGAAUGAGGGAACAUGUAAUGAGUGAGGUUGAUACUAACAAAGACCGACUGGUGACUCUGGAAGAAUUUUUGAAAGCUACAGAAAAAAAAGAAUUCUUAGAGCCAGAUAGCUGGGAGACAUUGGAUCAGCAGCAGUUCUUCACAGAGGAGGAACUAAAAGAAUAUGAAAAUAUUAUUGCUUUACAAGAAGAUGAACUUAAGAAGAAGGCUGAUGAACUUCAGAAACAAAAAGAAGAGCUGCAGCGUCAGCAUGAUCAGCUUGAAGCUCAGAAGCAGGAAUAUCAUCAGGCCAUUCAGCAGAUGGAACAGAAAAAAUUACAACAAGGAAUUGCUCCAUCAGGAACAACUGGAGAGUUGAAACCACACAUUUAAAGUUCCGAAGUCCACCAGAACUUGGAAGAAACCUGUUAACAUCUGUUUCAUCUUUUUACCUCCUUUCCUUGUUCUCCGCUCAAUAAAUAUUUUAAAGCAUAUUCAGAAUAAAGGAAGAUAUCUUUAAAACCCGAACACAUGUUUUUGGACACAGACAUUUAAGAAUAAAUCUACCAUAACAAGGAAGAAAACACAUUCAUCAUACCUCCCUUGUCUUCCCCUUGUUCUCCUUUAGUUUUUAAGUGGCCUCAUGCCAGAAUUUAAUGAAAAUAUUAUUAAGUGAGAAAGGUCUGUCUACUCCUUUGAAAAUAAAUAGUUCUCACUUACUCAUAAAGAUAGAUAUUCUUUUAUGGGUGCUUAUUAUCCCUUCUUUCAAUAAAUGUCUUUUUGAUAUUAUAAA